AUGGGUGUAUCAGGUUCUUCUCACUCCAGGGUAAAGCAAGCACGAAUUCUUAUACUGGGCUUGGAUGAUGCCGGAAAAUCGACUGUGCUUUAUAAAUUUAAGUUUAAGGAGCAUUUUAUAACUAUCCCAACUGUGGGCUUUAAUGUGGAGAUGAUUCACACAGAGAAGCACUUGCAGUUAACCAUGUGGGAUGUUGGAGGGCAGCAAAAACUGAGAUCCUUUUGGUGCCAUUACUUUGAAAACACAGAUGGACUUGUGUAUGUGGUAGACAGUAAUGACUCUAAACAUCUGGAUGAAUCCAAGAAAGAAUUCCAACGUGUCCUUCAGAAUGAGCUGAUUAAAAAUGUUCCUGUGGUUCUGCUGGCAAACAAACAAGAUCUCCCUGGAGCACUGAAUGCUGAGGAGGUAACGCGGAAGUUUAAUAUGAAGAGAUAUUGCUCAGACCGUGACUGGUACGUACAGCCCUGCUGUGCACUCACGGGACAAGGACUGGCAGAGGGACUUAGUAAGGUGACUGAGUUUGUGAAGAACUGUAUGAAGUCAAAGGAAGAGCCAUUAACAUGUUCUAAGCAGAAUGUCCGACUCAAGACAUCCCGGAAAGUGUGAUCCUACCAAAACUCUUGGGAGUUCCUUGGAACAGAUACUAGAAGCAAGCACCUUUUUUUUUUAAGACGGAAUACUGAAAUUGAAGAUGGAAAUCUGCUAAUAUUUAUUUUUAUCUAUAUGGGUUUCUAUUAAUGAAUAUUUUGCUGAGAGACAAUACAGUAUUAAUUGUAUUUUUGUUUUCUUCUACUUGUUAUUUAUUAUCUUUAUUUUGUAAUUGUGUAACACCUUACACAGAACUAAUCAUGAGAAGUACAAGAAUAAUGCUGGACAGUGUUCCGUUAUAGGUUUGCCUAAACAACCUUUCAAUAGAUGUAAUAAGGUUUUAUGUUAAUCUAAGCAAAAAGUGUAUGUUUUUAGCCUGCCAUAAGUAUUAAUGCAGAAGACGUUUUUGGUCCAAGUCCUCACCUUCACAGUCCAACAAC